AUGCCGAAGCGCUUUUGGCGGCAGGGCGAGGGGCAGCCCGCGGCCGAGCACCAGCGCUUCUCCCUGAAGCAGCUGCACAAGGCUCGCGUGGUGCCGUCGUUCCGGGGCUUCCUGCGACGCUCGUCGCUGUUCGUGAGCGCCAGCAUCCGCGCGCUCACGCGCCCGCGCUCCCGGGUGCUGGGCGAUGCGGAGGGCGACCAAGCAGCGAGCCGCGCCGAAGACUCCGGUGGCGAAAACGCCCUCCCGCGCGCCACGGCGCCCGUCCACGACGACAAAGAGGAGAUCAAGGUCCCCGCGCCGACGCGUAACUGCUUCACCGAGCGGGGGCACCGGGAAGAGCGGUCGUCGGUGCUGCGGCACAACCCGGCGCCGUUUGCGCUGCGGUGCCCGCGCGGCAACGCGCCCGCGGCGUCGAAGCUGAGCGCGCACACCAUGUGCAUGUCCGGCGGCACCACGGAGACGGUGUCCCGGAAGGCGGUCUUCGCCAACCCGGCCAAGCGCGGCAUGAUUGCUCUCGGCGGGUUUGUCCGCGAGUCCUGCCCAGGCAGCAGCGACGGCUCGCAGCAGCAGCCGGGCCACCGCAGGAGCCGGUCGGCCAGCAUCGGACUGGGCUCCGACCACGGCGCCCACGCCGAGGCACAGGGGCCGGCCUCGCGGCGCACGUGCAACCCGUCGCUGCGCUCUCAGCGGCCCACGCGCAACGGGGCGACCGCGUGGAGCUAA